UGUCAAUUUCCACCAGUUCAGUACGCACACUCCUAUACGCAAACCGAGCAUAUCACAAUCCUUAGGCACGUAAAAACAUUAGUCUAGCACGUUAUUAAAUCAUCGUUAUCAGCAAUAUAGCUAGACAUAAGUAAGGUGGUGCAUUUGAAGUUCAAGUUAGAGGACUGAAAGCAUUAUAGGCAGAAACGAUGAUUGCACGAGCAAAGCGAAUGCCUUUCUUCGAUGUAGGCUUGGCAUAGACAUAUGAUGCAAAAUAACAUUGCUGUAUGGUAUAAGGAGGAAAUCUAGUGUAGUUGUAGUACGAUUGCACACUCUACAUCGUCAGAUAUCAAUUUCAGAUCGCUGGUUUUUGUAGUUCUUUGGUUUUCGGUGGGGACAGUCGGAUUUGUGAGCAUUGUACAAUGUGACUUUCUUCGUCAAAGGAAGAAAAUAAAAAGCGACAAUGGACAUGCAUUACGAUGAAGACAUUUCGAAAAACCCUUUUUAUCGAAAGCUUCAAAGUGAUCAUCAAAUCUUCCUGGAAACGGCGCCUAUCGAAGGAUGGAUUAUCUGUGUGCCUCGUAGUGGAACCAUCAAUGACAGAUGCCUAGCGGAUCAAGAGUUUCUUCUCGCUCAAAUACUUGUUCCGAAUGAAGAGCUUCCGGAGACGCAUUUUACCAAUCUGAGCUGUGCCGAUAUACGCCUUAAUGGGCGUCAACUGGUCACUGGCGGGUUGAAAGCAACUAUUCUUUUCGAAGAGGUGUUCUACACUAAUGGACUGAAAUACAAAGUAUGGUGUGUUGAACGACCGCUAUGUGAUACUCGCCGUUAUGGAGUUAUAAUCGAAGACGAUUUCGGCAGCCUUACAACCAUCAGAAAGCUACAAGACGCAGUGGAAUUCAUUCGAUCAGUAGCAAAGCCACGAUAUGUGUUUUCCAAAAUCGAUUCGGCAGUACAAAGCUUCACCAAAUGCAGAUCUGAUUUCAGCAAAUGGAAUCUCAAACAGUACAAAGAAGAUGUUAAAAAGUUAUACAUAAAUUGUUUAGAUAUUAUGCUACAAAACCGCAAACUGAAAGAUCGAUGCCAGAAAGAUGCCCAUCUGAAACGCAAUGUCAAACUUGCCGUAGAGACAUACAUGAUGGACAAGUUAUAUGACCAUGUUGCAGAUGUGAUCAACGUAUGUCUAGGAGAUCAGGUUGAAUCCUUCAACAAAACGAUUCGUAACCUGUCGGACAUUCACAUCACCGAGAUGAACCUGAAACGAAGCUACACUGACGUAAUCCCCGCGGUCAAGAAGGAACUGUUGCGGAUCGACGAUUGUCGCACAGCUAUUGAUAAGAGCGCUUGUUUGAGGAAAGCUUUCGAGAUUAUUGCCCGCGAACGCGCCACUUUGGUGAAGCACGGUGUUGACCCAAACCUGAUGGCGACGAUGGACGAUAUAAUCCCAUUGUUGAUAUUCGUUAUCACGAAAACGGGUCUCACAAACUGGAUAAUGAAUAUGACGUUUCUCAAAGAAUUUCAACUAAGCGAAGCAACAUCACAAAUAUCAAAAGAUAAAUAUGGCCAAAACACGUAUCUUAUAACGACUUUAGAGGCAGUCAUUGUCUACAUCAGUUGCUGCAGUAUCGAGCGAUCCCAACGCUUAGGAAUAGACCUGAUGUCGUGCGAGGAUAUACAACUGAAGAAAUAUGCUGAAAUGAGCUUCAAAAAUGCGGAUCAAUUCCUAAACUAUCUGUUUGCCUUGAUGAAAAACAACGAAGAAGACGACAUACUGAGUAUAUUCCAGGACUUCAACAAUACAAGCGUGUCUUUACUUGAAUGUGCCAACAAAAAGUGUCAUCCUCUGUGUAGCUGUAUAAGAUGUGAAUCGUUACCUUAUCAGCCACACAUUGACGAUCGUAACCAUAAUGGAUUGGCCGCAAUCCAUCUCGCAGCUACUCUCGGAAGUCCAAAAUUGCUCACCCUCAUUCUGAAUCUCAAACCGAAUGUGGAUGCGGUGGAUGCAAAGAAUUGGACUGCUCUGCACUAUGCGGCGGCAAAUGGUCAUCAAAAUCUGCUUCUAUUGCUUCUCCAUUCCGGAAUCAACAUCAAUAGCACGAGUAACGAUCAACACACAUCGCUUCAUUUAGCUUGUCUAAACGGCCACAGUGGAUGUGUGAAAGCUUUGCUAUACUUUUCAGAGCACAUGAAAAUACAUGUUGAUAUCGAUGCACAAACGAAGCUUGGACAAACUGCGCUGCAUUAUGCCGCUAAAUGGGGGUUUUCUGAUAUCGUAGAAACACUGUUGGAACACUCUGCUACGGUGAACGUAACGAAUCGUGUAGGUGCAACUCCCGCUAAAUAUGCUCAUAAUUCUAAGAUCAUGAAAAUGUUGAAGGAUGCACAUGCAGAAGAGCUGAAGCGACGGCAAUCCUCUGAUUGCUGUCCUGUUGGCAACGAGAACUAUGUCCUAAUCUCCGAUGAUGACCUUUUGGACGACGAAGUCUUUCUGGAAUACCGCAACAUUGAUGAAAUGAAGCGGAUCGAUAAGGCAGUGAGCGCAAUAGCCGCAUACGAUACCAAGUUGGCUUGCUAUUACUUGGGCCUGGAAGUCUUCCCAUCAUCCCCUUUGAUUAACAACCUACAACCGAAAGACUACUCUUCCGAAAAAAUAUGCCAUCCGCUUUGUACCUGCCAACGAUGUCUGAACGACUCUGCAGACUUCUACACUCUCCUGAGAAAGCCAUUCACUUCGCAAUCGAUUGCACCCAUCAAGAUCAACCUCAACGUCACCAAUGGAGACGGCUGCACCGCGUUGCAUAUAGCAGCCAUCAGCGGCAAUUUAGACAUGAUCAACAUAUUGCUAGAUCAUCGGGCCAGCGUCAUUGUUAGGAACAAAUCCGGUUGCACGGCGUUGCAUCUAGCUUGCCGCGAGCGUCGGCUGAACGUGAUCAAGCUGCUCAUUAGUCGCUGCCGCAGCGAAGACAUUGUUGACCUGAAGGACUGUCGUGGAGACACUCCACUGCACUACGCAGUCGAGCAGAAUCAACUACGAAUCGUGGAGAUUUUGCUUAGUGCCAAAGCGGAUAAGAGUCUGCGGAACCUGGCCGGCCAGCGACCGAUCGACAUUGCUCGAGAGCGACUCUUUUUUAAUGUGAUCAAUGUGUUGGAGAGGAAAUGGUAUUGAGAGCGUCUGCGGCACCGGAACCUAUCAUCACCAAUGUAUAUCUAAUUUAUUGCAACUGAAACAUAUCUGUUUCAACGUUCUACUUAAAAAUAUUAGUCUUGAACCUGUUUAACGUUACUUAUAGUGCGAAAUUUAUUAAUAUAUAAUAAUAAGUACAAAAGCUGA